AUGAUUUCGCUUAUAAAGUUCAUAUUUAGUUUUUCAUUAGCACAUUUAUGUGUUGCUUACAUCGAUACGGUACCAUUUAAUUCAAAUUUAAAAUUUUCUGGACGUAUUGUCGGCGGACAAGAUGUUACAGAUGGUUUAAUACCAUGGCAAGUAUCAUUAGUACAUUUCGGAAGUCAUUAUUGUGGCGGCUCAAUUAUCAGUCCAAAAACAAUUGUAACGGCAGCACAUUGUUUAGAUACCAUAAAUAAAAAUUUUUUAAAAGUACGUGUUGGAACAAAAGAUCGUUAUGGUUAUGGAAUGCUUUUACAAGUUGAAGAUUUUAAAUUACAUGAAAAUUUUUCAAGAUCAACGUAUCAUAAUGAUAUCGCUUUAAUAUAUUUAAGAAAAAGAUUACAAUAUGUUCCAUAUAAAAUUGAACCAAUUGCUUUAGCAGAACAAAAUUCAUUUGUUAAAGAUGGAACAAUGGCAAUGGUUAGUGGUUGGGGCGUUUUAAGACAUAAUAGUAAUAUAGUGCCAAAAAUUCUUCAAUAUGUUAUGGUACCAGUUAUAAAUCGUGAACAGUGUAAUAGACUUAUGAAUAAUUUAGUAUCGGAAAGACAAAUAUGUGCUGGUUUUUUAAAUGGUGGUAAAGAUGCAUGUCAACAAGAUUCUGGUGGUCCUCUAGUAUAUAAUAAAAAAUUAAUUGGAAUUGUAUCAUGGGGUGAUGAAUGUGGUAAACCACGUCGUCCUGGUGUCUAUACUGAUGUUGGAUCAUUAAGAAAUUGGAUUGAUAAAAAUAUUCAAUUAUAAUUGAAAAUAAUUAUUGAACAAUAUAAACGAAAUGAUUUUUGAUUCAAUAAAAAUAAGAAUUAACAUCUAUGUAUGUGUGUAACAAUC